GCGAGGGGCUCCGCUUACCUGGAGGGGGGUCGGCGAGAUCCGGAAGGGGACGGCUGGGUCAGGGAGAGGGCCUAGGAGAGGCCGAGACUCCCUGGACAGUGGAAGAGUGCCCGGGCGGAAAGAAGGCUGGCGGACGGCGGGAAGGGCGACCCCGGAGAUUUGAAGGAGUAGAUUCGGCGAGCUGUCAAGCUUAGAGCUGUCAGGACUUGGUAGGCUCGUAGCCAAGGAGACCAGACUCAGGUUUAGGAGAGGAAAGGAUCUGGAAAGGAUUUCUGGUAGGUCCUGUUUUAGGACGGAGAUGCAGUACUGUUGAAACGCCAGUCAGCUUUGGUCCAUACAAUUAGCUUUUUCAGCUGGGAAACCAUUUCUUCUUCCUCUUUUUUUGUUUUUUUGGCCGACUUACUGAACUUAUGAAACCAUGGCAGAAGGAGAGACAGAGUCACCUGGGCCCAAAAAGCGUGGUCCAUAUAUCUCGUCUGUCACUAGCCGGAGUGUGAACUUGAUGAUUCGAGGAGUAGUGCUGUUUUUUAUUGGAGUAUUUCUUGCAUUAGUGUUAAAUUUACUUCAGAUUCAGAGAAAUGUGACGCUCUUUCCACCCGAUGUAAUCACAAGCAUCUUCUCUUCAGCGUGGUGGGUUCCGCCGUGCUGUGGCACAGCGUCAGCUGUGAUCGGGUUAUUAUACCCCUGCAUUGACAGGCAUCUGGGAGAACCACAUAAGUUUAAAAGAGAGUGGUCCAGUGUGAUGCGGUGCGUGGCCGUCUUUGUUGGCAUAAAUCACGCCAGCGCUAAAGUGGAUUUUGAUAACAACAUACAGUUGUCUCUCACACUGGCUGCACUAUCCAUUGGAUUGUGGUGGACUUUUGAUAGAUCUAGAAGUGGUUUUGGCCUUGGAGUAGGAAUUGCUUUCUUGGCAACUCUGGUCACUCAACUGCUAGUCUAUAAUGGUGUUUAUCAAUAUACAUCUCCAGAUUUUCUCUAUGUUCGUUCUUGGUUACCAUGUAUAUUUUUUGCUGGAGGCAUAACAAUGGGAAACAUUGGUCGACAACUGGCAAUGUAUGAAUGUAAAGUUAUUGCAGAAAAAUCUCAUCAAGAAUGAAGAAGGCAGAAAUAUAUCUUUUGUACAGAAAAGCAAGAUGAAAAAGGCAUGCAAAUGAUAGAUAGACCAACAAAACUUCGGACUAUAAAAUUGCCAGGAUGCAGUUUUUCCCUUGAUUGGUGUGUAUAUAUACACAUACACACACACACACACACACACACACACACACAUACACAUAUAUAUACACACAUACAUAUGUUACUGCAAUCUGUGAUUGCUUCAUCUGUAAAUCAAGUACAAGCCUUUAUGUAUUUGACUUAAAUAACUGUAAAAUAUAUGUACGCUACAUUAAAAACAUGUUGAUUAAUAGAUGACAUUUUUAAAUUAAUUUUUUAGGUAUACCAUAUAUCGUACCACAGUGUUGAUGUGCCAAAAUAAUUGUUACCGUCAUGCAGACUAUAAGAGUGCUUUGAACAAUUUAUAAAGUUGAUGAAAUAAAAUAUGAGGAAAGCCAAAAAAAAAAAAAGGCAAAUGGAAAGCUGGUAUAUUCUCUUUCACUUACUGUUGUGCCUUUUUAUUUUCUAAUUACAGCAGUGUGAGUUAUGGGUGCCUAAUGUGUGGUUAGUUUCUAUUUUAAUGUCAUCUCAAAGAGCUUUGGGUGUUUAAAUAGAUAAUGAAAAAGAACUUCCUUGGAAUAUUUGCAAACCUGAAUUAGUGGAGAGAGUUCAAAGUAAUUUUUUGUUUUUACCGAUUUUACUGGAGGUAAAAAGUGACAAGUGGGAGAAUUUAUCAGCAUUAAACUGUUUUGAGUCUAAAUCUAGAAAUUAAAAGUAGGGACCAUUGAAAAAUUUAACUGGAAUAAAUAUGCUUUAGAAAUACAAAAUGACCUUCUGCAGUGCCACAGUGUUAAGUGAUAUUAACUGUCAAUUACAAUGUAGUAUUCCACUACUUUUGUACAUGGAAUGUAUAAGAAAUCCCAAACAGGUCCAAAUGAAAUUUCUAAUUCUCUUGGGUUCUAUAAUCUAUUGGAUUCUAUAAAGUAAACCAUUUGAACUGGGCUGCAUCAUAUGAUUUAUUGUCAGCGGAUUGCCAUCUGGGGAGUGGAUGGGCACAUAAUGUCCUAUGUAUUCAUGUACUCAUUAGUGAAUACUUCAGGAAUGUAUUAUUUAAGACUGAAUUGGGAUGGCAUACUGUGCACGUUAAAGAUCCUGAUAUUAGUUUCAUGCAUAUCUUUCCAACAGCUGGAGCCUUUGAAGUAUGAUUUAAACAUACUCUUAGUUAACUUUUUUCCCCAAUUUUUAUUUUUUUUUAAAUAGAUGGCAUUUAUCUGAUACACAAGGGCAAAAUCUUCUGCUUACUCUGGAAGUGUGUGUGUUUUUGUUUGUAUGUGUCUGUUUGUGUUGGCUAUGUGUUGGAUUGAACGAGGGAGAGUGUGUGUGUGUGUCUGUGUGUGUGUGUGUGUGAGUGUGUGUGUGUAUGUGUGUGCGCAUGUGCUCCUGCUCUUGUAAUGUCGACUAGAUGUUUUUUCAUUUUUGAUUUUAAAACCAUCGCUAUCAGACUGAGAUCUUAUAUGCCAAACUUUAAUCUGCUCUUAUGUUUUAAGGCUGAAAGUAUGAAAAUCCUAAGAUUGCAUAUUGAAUAUAUGCACACAAUCUUAACUGUAGUGGUGGUAAACAUGCUACUAUAAUUUAUUAUUCUAUCUUCCAGAUAAUGUUAUUCAUUUAGAACAAAUAAGGUAUAUUUUUAGAAUCAACUUUGUAAGCACUAUAAAUCUUUAAUAAGUUAUAAGGUCUAUGAUGUGUUUACUUUGGAAAUUGCUGUUUAAAGCAAGAUGUAUUAAAUAUAUAAUUAUCAUCUUG